AUGUCCACCUUGACCAACACGUCGUCGGGACGGGACUGUUGGGCCGAAGUCACCACGGUCCCUUCUGCCUGCGUGGAAAAUGUCAAAUAUUGUUGGGACGCCGGGUUGCUGGGCUCAAGUUCCUCUCGAAUUACUGCGACAACUGCCGGUUGGACACUCACGCUGUCGAACGUCCAAACUGAGAAGAAGUUUCGCCAGAACUCGAAAAUUCUUGAU